UUGAGUCUUCGUGUGUUCGAACAUUUGUGCCACUUUCCACCAUUAGGAAAGCAUGGCAGCAUCGAAAAUUUCUCUCGACAAAGACGCCUUUUUUCGGCGAAUCAAAAGGAUUUAUGACGCCUGGAAGAAGGAGGACAGCAUGGAAGAUAAUGGGGCUGCCUUUCCAAGUGUUGACGCAGUGGUGAUUGCAGUCGGGCAGGACGAAGAAGCCAUUUAUAACAAAUCGACAGCAAUACAGCAAUGGUUGUUUGGUUAUGAACUGGCUGAUACUGUUACAGUACUGUGUGAGGGAUCAGUGCACUUUCUUGCCAGUAAAAAGAAAUAUGAUUUUCUUAAACCAUUACAAGAUAUGCAAGUGAAAUCCAACACUUCACCAUCAUUACAACUUCAUUUGCGAAACAAGACUGACCAAGACAAGGAGAAUUUUCAAAAGCUAAUUAACUCUAUGAGAGAAAGUAAAUCUGGAAAGACUGUGGGUGUUUUUCAGAAAGAUAAUUUUCAAGGACAAUUUGUUGACGAGUGGAAAAAUGCAUUUGCAAAGGAGUCCUUCGAAAAGGUUGAUAUUAGCAGUGCAGUGGCUUAUGUCAUGUCAGUAAGAGAGGAUCAAGAGCUCACUCAUGUCAAGAAAGCUGCACAAGUUUCCUCAGAUAUUUUUGUCAAAUACUUCAAGAAACAAGUCAUGGAAAUUGUAGAUGAUGAAAAGAGAGUGAAACAUUCAAAAAUUGCAGAUGGAAUAGAAGGAGCUUUGGAUUCGAAGAAGUUUUUGCAACCUGGGAUGGAUUCUGACCAAGUUGAGAUGUGUUACCCUCCCAUUAUACAGAGUGGAGGGAAAUUUACACUCAAGUUCAGUACAGUGAGUAAUGAGGAAAAGCUUCACUAUGGUACAAUAAUCUGCUCCCUUGGUGUUCGAUACAAGUUCUACUGUUCCAAUAUUGUUCGGACAAUGUUGUAUGAGCCAUCACAGGAGCAACAAGAUAAUUAUGAUCUGCUUCUUACAACUGUGGAUGUCAUUCUGGACAAGUUAAGACAUGGGGUGAAACUUUGUGACGUUUACAAUGCUGCCCUUGAACAUGUUACAGAAAAGAAACCUGAUUUUCAGGCUAAUUUUGUGAAAAAUGUUGGGUUUGGGAUGGGAAUAGAAUUUAGGGAAGGCUCUUUACUCAUAGCUUCGAAAAACAAUCAUGUGGCAAAGAAAGGGAUGGUUUUCAAUGUGAAUGCAGGUUUCUCAGGCUUAAUUAAUGAUACUGCAGAGGACAGUGAGAGCAAAAACUAUGCCCUAUUUAUUGGAGAUACUGUGUUAGUUAAUGAGGACUCUCCAGCCUCUGUAUUGACAUUAGCCAAGAAAAAGAUCCCUAAUAUUGGCAUCUUUCUCAAGGAUGAAGAAGAUGAAGGAGAAGAUCAACAGGAAAAUGGAGAGGCUGAAGAGGAUCUUCUUUUGGGUCGAGAAGGGAAAGGAGCAUUACUUGAAAGCAGAACAAGAUAUUCUGAGCUGAGAACGUCAGGGACCACUACUGAAAUGACAGCAGAAGAAAGACGGAAAAAGCAUCAACUUGAACUAAAGGAGCAACUACACGAAGAAGCAAAGAGACGUCUUCUUGAGUCCAAGGGGGAUAAAGAUGCGAUUACUAAGUUGAAACCGUCCAAUGUAGCUUACAAACAUCCUACACUUGUUCCGAGAGAGAAUGAUGUCAGAGAACACAAGAUUUUUGUUGACAAGAAAUACGAGGCAGUAGUUUUACCUCUGUUUGGGGUAGCUACACCAUUUCACAUAUCUACCAUCAAGAACAUCAGUUCCAGUGAUGAGGGUGGUUACACCUACCUUCGAAUUAAUCUGUUUUGUCCUGGAAGUGCUGUCGGUCGUUCUGAAGGAAGUCUGUUCGCUCAACCCGAGGCUACAUUUGUCAAAGAAGUUAAUUACCGAAGCUCGAACAGCAGACCGCACGGUGCAUCUCAACCACCGGCGUUCAAUCUAAACACAGCGUUUCGUCUCAUCAAAGAAGUGCAGAAAAAAUUCAAGACACGAGAAGCUGAAGAGAAAGAGAGGCAGGGCGUGGUCCAACAGGGGAACCUCAUUCUAAACCCCAACAAAGGCAAUCCAAAAUUGAAAGAUUUGUACAUCAGACCAAGUAUUACACAAAGACGAUCACCGGGCACUUUAGAGGCUCAUACGAAUGGUUUUAGGUUUGGAAUGUAUGGCGGAAAUCACGUGGACAUUUUGUAUGGGAACGUAAAACAUGCUUUUUUCCAGCCCUGCGAUGGAGAAAUGAUCAUUCUCCUUCACUUUCACUUAAAGCAUCCUAUAAUCAUUGGCAAAAAGAAAUACAGAGACAUACAGUUUUACACUGAAGUCGGUGAAAUCACAACAGACUUGGGAAAACACCAACACAUGCACGACAGGGAUGACCUUCAAGCAGAGCAGGCCGAAAGGGAGUUAAGGCAAAGGUUAAAAUCGGUGUUUAAGAAUUUCAUUGAUAAAGUAGAAGGAAUAACUCACGGGCAAGUGGAAUUUGAUGUUCCAUUCAGAGACCUCGGAUUUAUGGGUGUACCAUCUCGGAGCACAGUAUUACUUCAGCCCACAACACAUUGUUUAGUUAACAUUACCGAGCAGCCAACGUUCAUCAUCACUUUGGAUGAAGUAGAACUUGUUCACUUCGAGCGAGUACAGUUUCAUCUGAAGAAUUUUGACAUGGUGUUUGUGUUCAAAGACUACAAACGUAAAGUGGAACACGUAAAUGCUAUACCAAUGACGUCACUGGAUUCGGUCAAAGACUGGCUGAAUUCAUGUGACAUUAAGUACACCGAAGGAAUCCAGAGUUUAAACUGGGCAAAGAUCAUGAAAACCAUUAACGAUGAUCCUGAAGCGUUCAUUGAGAAUGGUGGCUGGAGUUUCUUGGAUCCCGACAGCAGUGGUGAAGAGGGAGGAGAAAGCGAGGAUGAAGCGGAAAGUGAGUACGCUCCGACAGAAUCAGAGGAAGAGGAGUCGUCUUCACAAGAGGAAUAUUCUUCUGAAACAGAGACAAGCGAAGACGGCUCAGAAUUCGAGGAAGAGAUGGGCAGUGAGGAGGAAAGCGGAAAAGACUGGUCCGAACUUGAAGAGGAAGCUGCUAAAGCCGACCGCGAUAGGGGCCAAGAAGAAACUCCAUCAAAGAAGAGAAAAAAACCGAGUAGCAAACACGAAUCUCCACGUAAGAAAAAACGAAAGCGUUAAACAUGCUAUCGUUGGGUACAUUUAAACGAAGAUGUGUUAGAAACGCAAUGUCGUUUGGCGUCCGUCCACCGUCAUAACUGGAGAUGUCGUUGUAACUGAAGAUUGAAAAGGAGAAAAGGAGAGCGGACUCGUGCAAACAUUUUUUUAAACGCUGGCCGGUGAUUGUGCGACAUAAUGCCUUCAUGUAUUAUAAUGGAUAGAAACUAGGCCGUUUUACUUAAGUCUGAACUGACGGCGAGAUAUGUCAAACCUAGUUUCAGGCGGUAACGUAGUAUUUCACUCGAGAAUGAUAACUUGAACGGCGCUAGGAACGUGCCCUGCAUUGCUUUUUUGUUAGACGCCUAUAUUUUACGUUUGAAAGGUGUCUUUGAAUACAUGUAAAGUCAACGAAAAAUGUGUUCCGCAUGAAAUUGUUUAAAGGUUGUUAGAAAAUUUCUUCGUCCCACACACUUGUAUCUGCAGACCGUUUUUUGUAGUAUUAACAAAAGGUUAAUCUUUUAACUCCCAAAGCGAUUACCAUGUAACUUCUCCCUAUAAUAUCCAUACUUUUUCGAGCCAACAAGUUACAAGAAUGUACUCAAAGUUUUAGGUAGAAGCUAUCUUGAUCUGACACCAAAUUUUUCGUUACUGCAUGAUUUACAUGGAAAUGUGUAGCAGAAAAAAGGGAGAACUAACGAUCAUAUCUUGGUAGUUUAAGGGUUAAGGAUGUCAUCGGAGACCGCGCACUUUCCUGCUGCUUUUUAUACGAGGUCGAGCAGUUUUGUUAUGUUUGACUUAACUUCGGUAGAAAUCUUAUCUUUGGCUUGGAUAUGAAAGCCGCUGUACUUAGUUACUAUCACCGUAUUCUAUAUCCGUCCAAUUGCGAUUGAGAUGCAUUUCUGUAAUUGACAUUGACUGAAAAGGCAAUUCUGAGGGAGAGUUGGCAGAUUUAUUCUAUUGUUGAUAAACCUGAAAUCCCAGAUACUUCAAGUAGUCUCUGAAAGCAAAAUGCCAUCUGAUAUCUCGGAAAACAUUGAAAUGAAAUUCUGGUAUGCUUGUAUAAACAGCGAGUUGAAGGACUGUAGAUGCACACACGUAAAUUUCCCACAAACGUCAGCUGGUGUAAAAGAACAUUAAGACUUAAGCUGUCUGAAAUAAAGUUCAUUAUGUAUUUAAAAUUGUAUUUUUUAUUGACCAUUGCAGAACUGCAACCGACAGAUUUGAUUUUAAAGUAAACUUUAUCUUUGAUAAAUUGUCGUGUCAUUUUAGUCCGAGUGUGGUAAAAAUUAAAUCGUAUGUCACGCUCA